CUUUUAGUAGUUGUGGAGCAAGCGCUGAAGAGAAGCCGCCAGAGGAGCGAGCGAGCCAGCCAAGGCAGAGUUUUGUGAGUGCGCGGUGUGCGUUUCGUGUCUUGGCGGAAGGAAGCAAAAUCAAAUCGCUCUUUCGGCCAACGCCAGCCAAUCGUCCGAACCGCGCCGGCCGACGCACCACUAGUUUUCGCGUGUUUUGAGGCCCGCCAAGGGAUGGAUUACGACGAUCCCACCGGACAGCACGGCUCCUCCGACGACCACGUCUCCUCGUCGGACGAGAACGGUGCACCGAGUUCUGGUCAAGUGCGGGUUCUGAUCACCAACAUCCCCGGCCACGUGCUCGUUGAGAACUUUGAAGAAACUCUCAACUCCGUGACUUCGUACUUGCCGUUCAUCAGCAUCGAGAAGCUGGCUCCCAAGGGCAACUUAGAGUACCAGGCUGUCCAGGUCAUGUACGACAACCAGGAGCAAGCACAACAGGCCGUGAACCAACUGAAUGGCCACGAGUACGAAGGUAACACCCUGAAGGCUGAGAUUUCAGACCGGCGCGGCAACCGCCCCCGCAACUCGCGUCUCCCCUACUCAGGAAUGCAGCCAUCCAGCAGACAGACUGACUUCCCCCUUCGCAUUCUGGUGCAAAGUGACAUGGUUGGUGCCAUAAUCGGCCGUCAGGGCAGCACAAUCAGACAGAUCACGCAGCAGACGCGCGCCAGGGUCGACGUGCACAGAAAGGACAACGUCGGCUCCGUCGAAAAGGCCAUCACCAUCUACGGCAACCCUGAGAACUGCACCAACGCCUGCCGCCGCAUCCUCGAAGUGAUGCAGCAGGAAGCCACUAGCACCAACAAAGGUGAAAUUUCGCUCAAGAUGUUGGCACACAACAACCUCAUAGGGAGAAUCAUCGGCAAGGGUGGCAAUACAAUCAAACGGAUAAUGCAGGACACGGACACGAAAAUUACUGUGUCAAGCAUCAACGACAUCAAUAGCUUCAACCUGGAACGAAUCAUCACGGUCAAAGGAACCAUCGAGAACAUGUCUAAGUCUGAAGCACUCAUCAGUUCCAAACUGCGCCAGAGCUACGAGAACGACCUCCAAGCCAUGGCUUCGUGUUAUUUCCAGCCUCAAAGUCUAAUGUUCCCUGGGCUGCACCCGAUGGCCAUGAUGUCGACGGUGGGCAUCAACUACCCCCGCAGCUCUGGCCCCGGCAGCUUCCAGGGCGGCAGCGGGGUGUACAGCUCGGGCCCGGCGCCAAGUAGCGGUGCUGGCGGCGGCGGCAGCGGCAGCUUUCAACCUAUCUAUCCUGGUGGGCCCCCGGCGGCCGGCAUGGGCCAGCCCCCAGUGCCAGGACCCAACGACCAGCAGGAAACUGUCUACCUGUACAUUCCAAACAACGCCGUCGGCGCCAUCAUCGGCACCAAGGGAACGCACAUCAGGAACAUCAUCAGGUUCUCAGGGGCGUCGGUCAAAAUCGCUGCACUUGAGGAGGGAAAAUCGGUUGAGCAGCAACCCGAGAGAAAGGUUACCAUCGUAGGCACUCCUGAAGCCCAGUGGAAAGCUCAGUACUUGAUAUUCGAGAAGAUGCGGGAAGAAGGCUUCGUGGCGGGCACGGAAGACGUCAGACUGACCAUCGAGUUGUUAGUGCCUUCGUCGCAGGUCGGCCGGAUCAUCGGUAAGGGCGGCCAGAACGUGAGAGAGCUCCAGCGCAUCACUGGCGGCAUCAUUAAACUACCCGACCAGGCAUCAACGACUGGAGAGGACACCACUGUGCACAUUAUUGGUCCCUUCUUCUCUGUACAGUCUGCCCAGCGACGCAUCCGCUCCAUGAUCCAGCAGGGCCAGCCAGGACUUUUGCCGCCUGGCGGUGGCCCCCCGUCGCGAGGACCCAGCGGAGGCGGCAGCGGGGGCGGCAGCGGCGUUGGCGGAGGCAGUCGGCCCCCGCAGAGCCGCGUCCCCGAGCAGAAGUAACACAUGCACGGCCAGUAGUAACUCAAGAAUGAAACAAACAAACAAAAUUAAGUGUUAAGGGGUGACACGGGCGGGGAGGGGGUGGGGGUGUUAAAAAUGGUGCAACCGAAAUACCUCGUACUUUUUAAACAGGCAAAAUACCAAAGAGAAGACAACGCUAUAGGAGAACUACAACGGAGAAGCAGGCCUUCUCUUUGGGAGGCUAAAAAAAAGAAAUAAAUACACACACACAUACAUACACACAAACACGUGCAAGAAUUUUUUGUUAGAUCAGAGUUGAUUAUAUAAACAGAGGAGAUUGUUUAAAAGUAAACUCACACAGUUAAAAGAAAGGUAAGGUACGCAAGCAACCUUACUCAGGGAUCCAGGGACGCGAAGAACGGGGCAGCCGAGAGCCAGAGUUGUACUAUUUUUGUGGAGCAGUCGAGGCUGGCCCUUUCCUCGUUGUCUCUCUUUGCUUUUUCGUGGAACACGUUAACGAGAAGUAAGUUGAAGUAAUUAAGGUGCACACCGUCUGAGUGGUUGAGUACAGUGCAUAUUUGCUCAAUUUAAAUUAUGAGACGAGGACAGAAGGUGUGGGCAUUGAAGACGAUGCGUAGCUUUGGUGCUUUAGUCAUUACACGAUUCGCGCGACAAGGAAUGGAAAGGAAUUCGUCCCCGCCUCCGAAACGGAUAAUAUUUUACGCUAGUGGUGAUACGCGAGGCUGGGACGAUUAAAAAUUAAGGAUUUAAUUGUACAUGAGGGAGAGAGAGAGAGAGAGAAAAAAAAGAAAGAGGUUAGCUGCAAGGAAAAAAAUAAGAGAUUGUGGUUAGAAACUGCAGAGCUACGAUGGUUUUUACUGAAGACAAAUGUGGAUGGAGUGAUUUUUUACGGAAGAAAAAUUGAAAAAGUUUGCCAUAAUAUUUGAGGUUUACGAGAGGAGACGCGAGGAAUGUCUUAUGUUUUGAUAAGACUGCAACUAUAAUAUUAUUUUUUAAGAGAAAAAAGUGGCUUAUUAAAUGAGAACGCUGCACGCAGACGGGUUUCUCUGUGCAGCGGCGCGCACGCACUCGCGGGCCGCCCUUGCUUCCCUCGCGAAAGGUGGCCGCCGAUCGAAUUGUUUCUCAGGGUAUAAAAAUAUAACGGUAUAUAUUUUUAAAAGCGGCCGCCGGCGGGGGCGCGGGCUCGGACGGCCCCGCGCCGCGCCGACUAACACACUCUAUCUCAGUACAAAGUAAAAUGAGACCAUCAUUGUUGUGUGGUGAAACAGUCAUUAUUGAUAAUGAUGAAGAUGUUUUAAACAAAAAUGAAAUGAAAUUUAUUUUUGAUACAUUGUUGGGUAAAAAAGCGACGAAAUGACGAGAGAAAUCUCUUUUUUAAAAAAAAAGUUGAGCGAACAUUGAUUUCUUUCCUUGCGAGAGAAAGAAACUUUUCGAUUGGUAGCGGCGCCGGUGGUUUUGUUUCUUUUGUGUUCUUAAAAGUUGUUUAGACUUUUGUCUCGCCACCGGGCCCACUGUUCGUAUUUUGUUUUUGAGAAAUAAGGCUAAUGAAUGCUGGGGAGAACGGAGCUGCACGCAUUAAACGAAAAAGAAAACAGCAAACACAUCAUUUGUUCAUUUAAACGCAGACUCGAAAAAGCAGAAACUACACCAUAUUUCAUGAAGCCUUCCCCUCUGAGUUAAAUAAAACACGAAACUAAUACGGUACCAAAACACUCUCGGCCAACCUGUCGAAAAUCAAUCGAUUUUACAUCCGAAUACGUAUUUCUCAGUCAAAAAUAACACGAUGUUCGAAAACGAUCCAACAAACAAACGAAACAAACCACACACAAUUUGAAGAAAAGAAGAAAGCCAACCAACACACAACAGACCUCUUUGUUCAAGCAAACUCGAAAAGUCGACUCAAAUCCGCCUUUUCUUGCAAGGGAAGCUCAUUAAUUUGACCAAGAAUUUCAAGAUGAUGGUUUAAAAGUAGAAGUUCCUUCCCUCCAAAGCAAAUUCCGCGUUGUGAGUGGUCGAAAAGCGAUCUAUUUCACUUGGCGGAGGACCGCGGGCGUUCUGAUUGGCCAACCAAUACGUAAACCAAUCAGAACGUCCACGACCUCCGCCGUGAGAAAAUAGAUCGCUUUAUGACCACGCAUAUAUAUCAAGGAAUUCGCCUCGAAGCUAAGAAAACUAUCAUCUGGGUGAAAGUAAACAAGAAAUUUUCGGUCGAAUGGUGCGUUUGCCUUGUGAUAUACACACACACGUACACAGUCUGGGCCCAAGGCGGCGGGCCGGAAGUCGGAAAACUAGCUACACACUCACAACUUCCAGACCAAACUGACGCGGAGAGCUAAACUACAACCUUCACACUCCAAACAAAAGAAAAACAAGCGAAAUUGCUUGCCACCAAACGCGACACACUAACUUCCUUUUUCACACUCUGCCAUUCCGGAGUUUAUAAUUUUUCGCAAACCUCGAGAGGAGAUCCGAAUCUCUGACCAACAAGUUACGCAUUCAUAAUUUGCGAAAAACGACAAAUUAAAGAAACAAACGCUACCUCAACACAAGAGUUCUGUUUCAAUAUAAAUUCGCACGCGACGCAGUUGCGAAGAAAAUGUCUAAACAAUUCUAAUGGGACACUAUUCAUACCAGGCGGCGAACUACAUCACAACCCAUUCGUUUUACCCUUUCACGGGCUCUGAUUUUCAUGUCAAGUCUCUGUAGGAGAAAAAAACAAACAAACAAACAAACAAACAAAUGCAACACACAAAUAAACAAACACACACCACGGAGCAGAAUCACACCGGUUUACCUCAGUUGAUUUCGAGCGUCCAGCUGGGCGCCAUCUUUUCUUUUUUUAAUUCGCUACACACGCACUUUGGAAGCAGUCGUGUUUCAAAGAAAAGGCUACGAUAGAAAUAAUUAAUACGAUAAUUAUGUUACUUUCUUUUCUUUAGUAACCCUCUAGCAGAUAAGAUGAUGUGCAACAAUGGGUAACAAUAGGUGAACGUUUAAACGUAAUUAAGUGAAUAUAAAACUACCACGACACACACAUACACACACACAUUGUACUUGGGACAUUGCAGGCAGAAAUCAUCGCCCUUUGGUUUUUGAGGCGCAAACGCAGAUCAUGAUUUUUGCCUUGACACUCACAGCAGCAGCGCAUGAGUUGAAGGAAAUCUAAUAAGGUAGCUUUUUGACUAUUGGUAGAUUACUGUGGCUAUAUAAUUGAUUAAUUUCGCGUCGUCACUAUAUAUGUUUCACCUUUUAGGAUGCUUAUCUAGAUUUUUUGUUCUCAACUGUAAGCCUCGCGGGGCGCAUUUGUUGACUUUCUUUUCAUCUAUAUUCUCUAAACUACUAUAGCGUAAUGAAACCAGUAGGAAAAUUGAUCCCACUCACGAACGCAAAGCACCCCACACAAUAUAAUAAUAACCGAUGUUGAUAGACAAGAGCCAGUAAAUACAAAAAAAAAAUGAGAGACGGAAAAACAGAGACAGAACUACAACUCGAAAUUUCACGCAGCUGAGCUUAAUAAUUAAUCUGUUAUUAUUUCCUCGCACACACCUCGAUAAGAUGCUGUACAUUUUUGCCGCCUUUUAUAUUUUAAAAGUAAUUCUCGUUCAACAAUUAAUUAUUAGAAUUUAUAUUUGUAUUUUAUUUCCAUUCUUGAAACACAACUACACACACCAGCCGACGCCGGGGUACGAUUUUCCCGUAUCCGAUUUAAAAUAAAAUAAAACAAAAAAUCAAAUGAACGAUUUGUAAUCACUACCUCAGUACAUACGUGAUCGAGACCAUUAUUUACAGACGUAUUUUUUUAAAAUAACGUUUACACACUCUGAAACAGACGAAGAAGAAACUACUACUAUUUACCGUUUUCUACCUCGGACCGGGCCGCCCAGCCGCCCUUCCCGCCGCAAUUUUUGAUUAUAAUAAUAAUUGUUGCUGCGCGUGAUUGGUCGGGAACGGCGGGUGGGGGGCCAAGUCCUUCCGACAGCGCUCGCCGAUUGGCCGGCGUCGCUCGCGCCGCCGCGGAUUGGAGAUUUCUAUUUACAGUUGUUGCCGCGGCGGCGUGCCGGCGCUGGCCGGUCCAACAAUAUCAAAAUGCAAAUCGUUCAUGUUUGUAUAACCUUUUUUUGCUGUUACACUCGCAACAUACAUACACACUGAAAAGCGCAACUAAUUAUGUAUUCUACUCCUUCUCUAUGUACUUCUAUAUUGCAAGCAUUAAAUAAGAAAUAAUAUGGUAAUGAAAAACGCUGAUUGUACGUAAAAUAAUCCAUGGUAGAGAGUAUGUCUGCUAUACUCGGUUUCAAAGUUGCUUCAUAUUCAACGUCCCUCAUACACUACGAGUAAUCACCGACCCAUUUAUACAAAAAAAAAUCCAUUCGGCCGCCAACCUCGAAAAAAAAUAAAAUCCAGUGCAAUUUGCGAGAAAAAAAUGUCUUUCUUCCGCCGCAAGGAGAGCCGAGUACACAGUGAGAAGGACUCUGUGCGAACUACAACCAUAACCGGUCGCAAAACGAACUCUUUUUACUCCGCCGUGAAACAAUAAAGAAACGCCCGUUGAUUCUUAUUGAUUGAAUUUAUUAUUGUCCUACGAAACAGUAAAAGGAAAAACAUGAAAAAUAAUAACAAAAGAGAGAUAAUGAUGAUGAAAAUGUUGUUUACUUAUUAUUGUAUUUAUAUGACGAUGAAAUAUUGUAAGACACGAGCUGAUUAUAUUAUUGAGACUGUGUAUGCAUUCUCCUUUUUCUACCAUGAAUGAAAAAUAAAUUAUUCUAGUUAAAAGGCUAAAACUUUUAUUUCUCUCGCAAAAUCGAAGCUCCCCACUUCCCGGCGCCUCUUGAUUGCAAAAAGGAACUCGGUGGUCGCUGGUCGGGCAAGCAAGCCAGAAGCCACUUCCUCGAGAGCAACCGAGUCGAAUCCUUCCUCUCAAUGGCAGGCUUUUCGCUCAGGUUUCUUUACGAUUUCAUUUUGUCCUUGUACAAACUUUUGCUCACUUGCGUUUCUUUUGUGAGGAUGUGAAAAGGCAUCAUGUCCUUGGUCGAUACAAUUUGCUCGGUAGCCAGUAACUGCGUGCAGGAGAGUCUUGAUUUGGUCUCGGCCGUUUUGACUUUUGCUGGUGUCAUCGCCAGGACAAAGACUCCAAAAAAUGCCGAGGACGCGCAUCUUCCUGAGGAGUCGCUCUGGGCGUACUGCACGAAUUCACUUGUUAAUUGCUUACUGCUGGUCGUGGUCCUAGCUUUCAUUCAUUUUUUGAUUUUGCUCGCGUUUCGAAAGCCGAAAACGCUGGGAGAAUUGAAGGAAAUCAUCGACCGCGUAAUACAGCUGUGGCUUUUGGCGGCAUUUAAGAAUUUCUUAGUUAAAAUUUUACGUCGAAAUAAAUAAUUUUAUUUAAUUUUAA